ACUGGAAUCUCGUUUGUUUUUUGUUCUCGAAAGCCUUGGGCUUCUGAGUUUUGCUGCUUGAGCCGCUGGGUUCUCCGGCUGCUCAAGCUUGAUGGAGCUAGUGUGCUCCCUACUCCGACGACCACUUGCGGUCUGUCGGACCGACGGGAGGGAGUUGCUCGUUGGAAAUCCCAGAUCUGGUGGCCCUUGCCCAGAUCUGGUCCCCACCUGCACGGCGUCCCCGCCUCAGCGUCCUGGAGACUUGGUGCGCACCUCUUCCAUGAGUAGAUUGAAGGGUGUCCCGCUGUUGGAUCGGUCGGCCAGAGGAUUCUGUACACACUUGGUCCUUUAAGGUUGUUCGAGUGCACAGUUCACCUCCCUUCGUCCACUUCGAUCUGGGUCUACUCGAGUUUUCUCUCCAGAUGUGCUUUACUUGUUUGCUAUUUCUUCUUAUCCUUUUGGAUAAGCCUAUUGUAGAUGCCGUAUGACGGUUUGUAAUGAAUGAUAUUCGCUAUG